GGUUUGCCUCACUUGAACACUGUCAAGAUCUCAUGGAAAAUAAUGUUACAGAAUUUAUUCUGACAGGACUUUCCCAGAUUGAGGAGGUAGAGCAAGUAUGCUUUUAUCUCUUCCUUCUUUUUUACACAAUCAUCAUCUUUGGGAACUUUCUUAUUAUCAUGACCAUCAGGGUUAGCCCAAAUCUCAACUCCCCCAUGUACUUCUUUCUCAGCUUCUUAUCUUUUGUUGACAUUUGCUACUCUUCUGUCACUGCUCCCAAGUUGAUUGUGGACUUCCAAGCCAAAGUCAAGACUAUCUCCUUUGUAGGUUGCAUGACUCAGCUCUUUGUGGUCCAUUUCUUUGGCUGCACAGAAAUCUUCAUCCUCACAGUAAUGGCCUAUGACAGGUACGUGGCCAUUUGUAAGCCACUACACUAUGCAACCAUUAUGGAUCAAAGGGUCUGUACCAUAUUGAUGGUGAGUUCAUGGGUAGGGGCCUUUACUCAUUCUAUUAUUCAGACCCUUCUCACCGUCCAGUUGCCUUUCUGUGGUCCCAACGUGAUUGACCAUUAUUUCUGUGAUGUUCAUCCCCUCUUGAAGCUGGCCUGCACAGACACUUAUGUGGUAGGGGUCAUUGUGAUGGCCAACACUGGAAUGAUAUCCUUGACCUGCUUCAUCAUUCUUGUUGGCUCUUAUGCUGUCAUACUUCUCUAUCUCAGGACUCAUUCUGCAGAGGGGAGGCGUAAGGCCCUCUCCACCUGUGCUUCCCAUGUCAUUGUGGUAAUUUUGUUCCUUGUACCCUGCAUCUUCAUCUACAUGCGACCCUCAACCACCUUCACAGAAGAUAAGAUGGUAGCUGUAUUCUAUACCAUCAUAACCCCUAUGUUGAACCCAUUGAUCUAUACUCUGAGGAAUGCAGAAGUGAAGAAUUCCUUGAAAAAAAUUUGGAGCAAGAAACUGAUGGGAGAGGCAAGGAAAGACCUUAAAUGA